CUCACAUCCUAAGUCUGAACAUUAAACCCUGUCACCACCAGCCAUGGCUAAGAGCGCAGAGGUCAAGCUGGCCAUAUUUGGAAGAGCAGGCGUGGGCAAGUCAGAUUUUUUCCCCCCCGGCUGAGACGGAAUUGUGCCAAGGACUGUCCUUUGAUUCUUCAAGGCAUGAGAAACAGAAAAUGAAUUUGCAGAGGGCCCCUGAUGGUGACCACCUCGAUAUUCUCUAGUUGCCUCUGUAAAUAGCAAAGCCACAAGGUCACGGAUGACAGUGACUUCAGAGGACUUCUCACCUGGCAGUGAUGGGACUUCACAUCUCGCCUUCUUUCUCCUGCUACUGUCGACUCACGCAGCACCCCCACUGUCCAGUUAUUUCCUUUGGUCCUACAUGGAUGGAGACUAGGUUUGCACAUGGCUAAUAAUAAAACCUCACCCUUAAGGACAGCUUAGGACGUCCUAGAAUAGUUCUGAUACAUUUACGUAUAUUCAUCAGCAACCGUAACCGUCUAUGAGAGAGUAAUAUUGACCCUCCAUCCGCUGCAACACAUACAGGUAGAGAAACAGAGUUGAGAGAGGCAUCCUAUCCAAGGCUCCCAUCUAGUAAGUGACAGGCCAGGACUGGAAGCCAGCAUCAAGGACUGCUAGCAUCCCGCACUAAGGAGUCAACAAUAACCCAUUCUUCCUCAAGUCUACAAAACACAGCCAUCAGGGACCUUGAUGGAUGAGACAACCAUGAAUACGCACAGGAGGAUAAACACAGUCUAACUUUGCAAUCAAAUACGGUAUUUCGUAAAAGCACUCUAUCUUUAGUACUUCUUCUCUUGUUUGGAUUACUAAGGUUUUCUUUCUUCCUUUAUCCUCAGUAGGAAAACACACACACACACACACACACACACACACACGCACACACACACACACCAAGUCUGCUGACUAUAUUGUUCUUUGAUGCAAUCCACGUGACUUAGUCAUCAUCAGACUCCCUGGAGGCCUCUACCGUCCUGGGUAGGCAGAAGGCUUGCCAUGGGGCUGCCAUGUAGUUUGCUAGCUCUGAAUGAAACUAGAGUCGCGGCUGCCGAAGCUAUUGUAGUGAGAUUUCUGACCAAACGGUUCAUCUGGGAAUACGAUCCAACCCUCGAAUCAACCUACCGACAUCAGGCAACCAUCGACGAUGAAGUUGUAUCUAUGGAGAUCCUGGACACCGCUGGCCAGGAAGACACCAUCCAGAGGGAAGGGCACAUGCGCUGGGGAGAAGGCUUCGUGCUGGUCUACGACAUCACCGAUCGCGGGAGCUUCGAAGAAGUGCUGCCGCUGAAGAAUAUCUUAGAUGAAAUCAAAAAGCCCAAAAACGUAACUCUCAUCUUGGUCGGAAACAAAGCCGACUUGGACCACUCCAGACAAGUCAGUACAGAGGAAGGGGAGAAGCUGGCAACGGAACUGGCGUGUGCGUUUUAUGAAUGCUCCGCCUGCACGGGAGAAGGGAACAUCACGGAGGUGUUCUAUGAGCUCUGUCGAGAGGUGCGUCGCAGGAGGAUGGUGCAGGGCAAAACGAGGCGCCGCAGCUCCACCACACACGUCAAGCAAGCGAUUAACAAGAUGCUCACCAAAAUCAGCAGUUAGAGGCCCUGCCAAGAUGUGCUGAAAAGUGGGAAAGCCUUCCGGGUUCUUCCUUUGCCCCCCUCUAACCACAGCCAAGAUAUUCUACUCCUUUUUCUGAGUUUGGGGAACAUCAGAGUCCCGAUCUACUCUAUGCUGGGAAAUUCUCGAGUGUCUUCUGCAGCUCCAUGCUGGGACAGUCUCUCCCUUCCCUGCUUGCGUAGGAUCCGUGCUAAUGUAGUUUGAAGAUGCAACUACCAAAGACACUGAAGUGGCUGGAUUCGUGGAGGCUAAUUUUAGGCAGCACUGCCGUGCUUAAAUAAGUUGAAGUCUUUUCAAAGGCAUUUUAAGAUUCUGUAUCUUGUGGAAGACUACAAAGGUCACCAUAAGGUUUUGUGAUUGUCUGGUGAGAACUUGAGGAGGGUAGCUGAGCGAUUAGAACGGGGAACAGAAUUCUAGUUCCCAUUUGAAGUGAGGGUUUUAAAAUUGUUGUUAUUAUUAUCUUACUUUAAAUUAUGCCGCUUUUCUUUAACACUUUAUUUUAUUUUUAGUUUGUAGUGUUAUCACUGACUUUGGCUUUGUGAUGUAAUUGCCCAUUUCAAUUCAAGUUGAUUCUUUCAGUAAUCUACAGCAGUACUUACAUACACUAUUCUAUUAUUUUCUUAAUAACAAAAGAGACAAGGCCCACAAUUCAUACCCUGCCAUGGCUUUGCUCCCCCAAGCCUGGGUGAUAAAAAAGAAAAACAAACCCACCAGGAGUCUUUGUACUGAGCUUGACUUCACUGCAUGUCAGCAGGGAAUUACAGUUAGAGCCUCCUGGUUUGUAUAUUACUUUAUUAGCACCUUAGCGGGAAGGUUGCCCUCUAAAUAAGAAAAUUAUGACGCUUAGCUAUUUCUCUUCUCUUCAGAAGCCAAGGCAGAAUCCCAUGCAUUCAGAAAGAGCCAGCUUCUGAUUCAGUAAGUUGGCCACAUGCCUUGUUAACCUUUUAACCUUUGGGUAAGAUUAGUUCACAUGGGAGAAUUGAGAAAAAUAAUGGGUGAGUAAAAUUCACUCUCUGUGAACGAGCUAUGUGUACAAAGUGAAUGCUUGGCUGGCAAAGGAUUAUGUAACUGCCAAGAGUUUAUGAUCCUUCUCUUCAUUUCCUGCCCCAUAUCCUGAGAUUUGGGCACUUUAUUUUAGAAUAAAAUAUAUAUCUUUUACGAUGUAUGUAUUUAUAUGUAUACAUAUAAGUAUGUAUAAAAUUUGUAAGCAUCGAAGGUUUUAAUUCACCAAUGUAUUUGAACAAUCUGGUGUAACUGACUUCAUUUUAUGUGAUAUAAUAAAAAAAUAUAAUUUUCAAAUUC